AUGACAAGCAACAGCAUCAUUACCAGAACCAGCACCAGCACAAGCACGAGACCAGCACAAGCACUAACACCAGCACCAUCCGAUGCACUAGCAAACAGCACCAGCACCAGCUCCAGCACCAGAAGGGCACAAACGCCAGCACCAGCACAAGCGCUGGCGCCGACCCAGGCACCAGUAAAAGAAACAACACCGGCACCAGCACAGGCAUCAGCACAGGCACCAGCACCAGUACCAGCACCAGCACCAAUACCACUACCAAAACAGACUCCAGCACCAGCACCAGCUCCAGCAGUAGUACAGGCACCAGAAAAAGUGCCAGCACCGGCCCAAGGACUAGCAUUAGCACAAGCACCAGCAUCACCAUCAGCACUAGCACUAGAACCAGCACCAGCAAGAGCUCAAGCAAUAGUACAGGCACCAGCAAAAGCACCAGCACAAGCACCUGGUCCAGCACAAGUUCCAGCACCAGAACCAGCACCAGCACCAGCACGAGCAACAGGACAGAGCACAAGCAACAGCACCAAAACCACCACCAGCAGGGACACCAGCACCAACACCAGAACCAGCACCAGCACCAACACAAACACUGGGUCUAGGACAAGCACCAGCACUAUCAACAGCACCAGCACCAGCACCAGCACCAGCCUAAACACCAGCGCCACAAGCGCCAGCAUCAACACUAACACCAGCACAAGCACUGGGUCAAGCAAAAGCACCAGCACCACCACCAGUCCCACCACCAGCACUAGCAGCAGCCCCAGCACAAGCUCCAGCAAUAAUACCAACACCAGAACCACCACCAGCAGCAGCACCAGACUAAGCACGAGGACAGGCAGAAACGCCAGCAUCAGCAAAAGCAACGGCACAGGCACUAGCACCAGCAGCAACACUAGCAGCAGCACAAUAUCCAGCACCAGCAUUAGCACAAGCAACAGCAUGAGCACCAGGACCAGCACAAGCAACGUGUCCAGCACCAACACCAGCACAAGCACAGGCACCAGCACAGGCACCAGCACUGGCACCAGCACAGGCACCAGCACAGGCACCAGCACAGGCACCAGCACAGGCACCAGCACAGGUACAAGCACAGGCACAGGCACCAGCACAGGCACCAGUACCAGCCUAAGAACCAGGACAGGAACAAUAGCCAGUACCAGCACCAGCCUAAGAACCAGGACAAAGAAAGCACCAGCACCAGCACUAACACCAGUACAGGCACCAGCCCCAGCACAGGCACCAGCACCAGCACCAGUACCAGCACCAGUACCGGCACUGGUAAAACCACCAGUACAGGAACAAGCAACAGCACCAGCACUAGUAACAGCUCCAGCACUAGUACAGCCACCACCACAGGCACCAGCACAGGCUCCAGCACAGGCACCAGCACAGGCACCAGCACAGGCACCAGCACCAACACCAGCACCAGCCUAA